GGAAAUUUCACAACUGAGGCGCGAACGCGAAGUAAAUACCUCGUAUUAAAUUUUCUCGGCAACCAAACACUACAGAUCAACCAUGCUCUUCUUCUCUAUUCAUAUCUACAGAACCCAACCUCUUCACAGUAAUUAUCAGUGAAAGACCAAAAAUGAACCCAUCAAAUCAACCCCCUCCUCAACACACUCCUUCCUUAUCUCCUUACCCUCUCAAUCCCUCCCAAUUCACCCCUCCUUACCCUAACCCUAACCCUAACCCUAACCUUAACACUAAUUCGAUCCCAAUCCCCACACCUUACCCCGAUCCAAAUUCAAUCUCCAACUAUAAUACAAACCCUAAUUCGAAUCCUAAUGCGUUUAUCAACCCUAAUUGGAAUCACAUUCUUCCAUUAUAUGUGCCAAGAAAGCGAAGACGAGGUAGGCCUCGCAAUACGACGCCUUCGAUUCCUAAUCUGAACCAGGUAUAUCAUCAUAUUCCAUACUUUCCAAACAGUGCAAUUAACCCUAGCAAUGGGCAAUUAUCGAUUCCUUCUUCUUCAGUUCCGAUUAUCAAACCUAAUGUGGAAAAUUAUGUUUCUUCGAAUGUUAAUUAUGCAAACCCUAAUUUUUUGACGCAAAUUGUCCCUGAUGUAUCUGACGAGAUCAUUGUGAUUAACAAAGAAGCCACUUCCGAGGCUUUGAUUGCGCUUACUUCUGGGUUUCCGGCCGAUACCCUUACCGAUGAGGAAAUAGAUGCUGGGGUUGUGUCUGUUGUUGGUGGAAUUGAACAGGUUAAUUAUAUUCUUAUUAGGAACCACAUUAUUACAAGAUGGCGUGAGAACGUGUCGCAUUGGGUCACGAAGGAGAUGUUUGUUGAUGUUAUACCUUCACAUUGUAGUAAACUUUUGGAUUCUGCUUAUAAUUAUUUGGUUUCACAUGGGUAUAUUAAUUUUGGGGUUGCUCCGGCGAUAAAGGAGAAGAUUCCAUCAGAACCCAACAAGUCGAAUGUGAUCAUUAUUGGGGCAGGAUUGGCGGGUUUGGCUGCUGCACGGCAGCUAAUGAGGUUGGGGUUUAAAGUGACUGUUCUUGAGGGCCGAAAGCGUGCAGGAGGACGGGUAUAUACCAUGAAAAUGGAGGGAGGGAGUAAGGUUGCUUCAGCAGAUUUAGGAGGGAGUGUGUUGACGGGUACACUUGGGAACCCGCUUGGAAUUUUGGCUAGACAAUUGGCUUAUCCUCUUCAUAAGGUGAGAGAUAAGUGCCCCCUCUACAAUUUGGAUGGAAAACCUGUUGACCCAGAUAUGGAUUCAAAGGUGGAAACUGCUUUUAACCGUCUUUUGGACAAGGCAAGUCGGCUUAGGCAGUUAAUGGGGGAGGUUUCACAGGAUGUUUCUCUUGGGGCAGCAUUGGAGACAUUUAGGCAGGUUUAUGGGGAUGCUGUAAACACAGAGGAGAUGAACUUAUUUAAUUGGCAUCUUGCAAAUUUGGAGUAUGCAAAUGCAGGUUUACUGUCAAAGCUUUCACUUGCAUUCUGGGACCAAGAUGACCCUUAUGAUAUGGGAGGGGAUCAUUGCUUCCUUCCUGGAGGGAAUGGGAGGUUGGUUCAUGCUUUGGCUGAGAAUGUACCGAUCUUAUAUGAGAAAACUGUGCACACCAUCCGUUAUACUAGUGAUGGAGUGCAGGUUGUUGUUGGGAACCAGGUAUUUGAGGGUGAUAUGGUGCUGUGCACUGUUUCACUAGGGGUUUUGAAGAGUGGUUCUAUUAAGUUUAUUCCAGAGUUGCCUCAAAGGAAGCUUGAUGGGAUAAAGAGGUUGGGAUUUGGCUUGUUGAACAAGGUUGCAAUGCUUUUUCCUCACGUGUUCUGGGGCACGGAUCUUGAUACCUUUGGCCACCUCACUGAUGAUCCGAGCCGUCGAGGGGAGUUCUUUCUGUUCUAUAGCUAUGCAACUGUAGCUGGUGGUCCUCUUCUGAUUGCUUUAGUAGCCGGAGAAGCUGCACAUAAUUUUGAGAGCAUGCCUCCCACUGAUGCUGUGACCCAGGUUCUUCGAAUUCUGAAAGGUGUGUAUGAACCAAAAGGAAUUGAUGUCCCAGAGCCUAUCCAAACUGUCUGUACCAGAUGGGGUACUGAUCCUUUCAGCUUAGGUUCUUACUCUAAUGUCGCAGUUGGGGCAUCAGGAGAUGACUAUGAUAUCUUAGCAGAGAAUGUAGGAGAUGGAAGAGUUUUCUUUGCAGGGGAGGCAACUACUAGGCGCUACCCUGCAACUAUGCAUGGUGCCUUUCUGAGUGGGCUAAGAGAAGCUGCCAAUAUGGCUCACUAUGCUACUGUCAGAGCCUUGAAGCAAAAAGUAGAAAAGAGUCCAUCAAAAAAUGCACACUCUUGUGCUUCCCUUCUUGCAGAUUUAUUCAGAGAACCUGAUUUGGAAUUUGGGAGUUUUUCUGUAAUUUUUGGUAACAAUGCUGCAGAUUCUCAAUCUACAGCAGUUUUAAGGGUGACAUUUAGUGGCCCACGAAAGAAAAAUCAUGAAGGUCCAAAGACAGAUCAAUCGUACUCUAAUAAAUUACUUUUUCAGCAGCUUCAGUCCCAUUUUAAUCAGCGGCAGGAGUUUCAUGUUUACACUUUGUUAUCAAGACAACAGGUGCUUGAGCUGAGGGAAGUACGAGGGGGUGAUGAGAUGAGGUUGAACUACCUUUCCGAGAGGCUUGGCGUGAAACUGAUUGGGAGAAAAGGUCUAGGGCCUACUGCAGAUUCAGUUAUUGCUUCUAUUAAGGCCGAGAGGGCCAAUCACAAGUCUGCUUCAACAUCUUUGACUGUUAAAUCUGGGAUAUCCAAGCCAAAAUCAGCUACUUCAAAACAAAAAUUGGUUAGGAAGGCUAAAGUAAUGCGCUUCAACAAUGAGUCUACUCAUCCGAAAUUAGGUGGGGGAGCUAUGGUGGUGGCGAAUGGCAUCGGGUCUCUCUCUUCCCCAAAUCAAAACUUGGGCUCUAAAAUAGUUGGAAAUAGCAGUAGCUCUGCCCCUUCUGUGAACACACUUGUGGGUGGUUUGCAUGGCUCACUUUCUCCUCCCAGUUUACAUAUGACAAAUGGUAAAAUGACAGAACAAAUGUAGGAACAAUUGUAGAGAAAACGUUGCAACUAGUUACUUGAUUGAGCACAAUUCCAGCUUUUUUGUGUCAGAUCUUUGAACAGGGGCCAUCUUGAAAAUUUUCUGACAGAGUCUCUGAUGCCUGCACCAUGAAGGUUGUACUUAUGAUAAACAUGUUUGUGGUCUUCUGCAGGAUCACCACUGUCACCAAGUACUAGAAGGUAUGCUUGUGCAUAAUAUCAACAAAUGCAAUGUCCAUCAAACAAUGGAUCAAGAGUUUGAUUGGGAUCUUCGUUGUUACCUCAUGACAGAGCCUGUUUAAGUUGGAGUUACUUGUGUAGAUGGAAUGCAUGUCCUUUACAUACCUGUUGCCCAUUUUCCUGAUGCAAGAUGUCUGAGGAAAGACUGACUGCAUGCUGUCUCAACCUAUUGGGUUCUGUUAUUGCCGAACCCUACGAGGGCUCUGGACGAGACAAGAGGUGUAAGGUUGUUAUAUUACUUGUUGAUGGGGUUUUAAUGGCACAUUGGCCUUCUCAAGUGAGGAUCUGUCAAGGUGGUGAUUGUUGGUAUCUGGUGCUAGUGGCUGAACAGAAAGAUCUCCAUGGAUGUGCAUGCUGACAAUAUGGGAAAAAGAUCCUGGGGUAAUGUAUUUUGGUGGUGGUGAUUGAAGAAAAUUUGGGGUUCAGGCCUCAGAAUUAAAGCAAAACCAUAUUCUUGAAGAAUGCUGUAUGUGGGCAUUUUUUUGUUUUUAUCAGAGGGUCUCAUAUGGGCCAAGUUUUCAUAUCGUGUGUUGAUGUUUUCUAUAAACGAUUGGCUUCACUUUCUGUUUCAUUUCAAAUGCAGUAAAGCUUGUUCAUCCAUAA